CGGUCGGGAGCAGUCCUGGUCUGCGUCUCUCCCUCUAUCCGCUGUUCGGCAUCGAAAGUCUGGGGAAUAUCCCUCGUUUGCUCCACCUGCGAGAGUCUCGCGCGCAGCAGAGAACCCGUUCUGGUUAAGAGAGAUGUGCAGCAUUCAGAGCAUGAGCUCUUUACCUCCUCUCACUGCCCUGUAAUCAAUGGCAACAUCAGUCCAGGCUCUUCCUCUAACACGUGGGCCCAGCAAGAACUACAGCCACCCUUUCCCACCCCCGCCUCUCUCUCCACACUGCGGCAUGGGAAGUGUAGGCAGUCUGGUGGAGAGGCCGGAUGUGUCCCCGACCAAAGGGAGCAGAGCCGUGCCCCAGGUGAGACCCAAGCCGACCAACGGCCUCCUCAAGAAAGGCCUCACCCAGAGGGAGCUUCUCAACUACCUCAACAUCACCAGAAAAGAAACUAAAGGAAGCGACGGCAAGAAAGAUAUAAUCGGUGACCGAGACGAGGACGGUUUUUAUGCCAAAGUUUAUAAUAAAAAUGGCACUGAAGUGGAUCUGACAAAGAACUCACUGCCCAGUGGGGGCAAGUAUGAAAAGCUGCGCUUCAGGUCUUCUGCCUUCAAGCCUGUCCCCCCAAAAAACUUCAGCUCCAUGCAGAACCUGUAUCCCUCUUCCAAGUUGGAGGAUUUGGAUCACAGCCUUUCAAACGGGUUGCACCGAGCGUAUGGCCAAGUUCCAAAAGCUGUGUCAAGCUCUUCUUCUUCCUCCUCUCCCUCCCGUUAUGGUGGCCCGACAUCUGCUGGCAACAAAGCUCUUUCCUCAGUGCGUGUCACGAGCCAAGAGGAGGAUAAUCUCUCGGACUCGGGUCAUAACUCCAUGAGCAGCCUGCCGCCGUACCCCCCUCUGUCCCGUCCAAACCUGUCUCACAUCAGUGCAUCUAUGGGUCAUAUCAACACCAUCGGCUCCCUGGAUCGUACCCUGAGCCCAAAGGUUGUCAGAAUGGGGGGCGGUGCUGCCGGGGAGAUGGCGUGUCAAAGCAUGGCGACCCUGAACCGUCUGACUCCCUAUGGAGGGGAGGCUCCACCUCCGUACGAAUGGACGCUUUCCGUCUCCAUGGAGGACGUGGUGCGAGAUCUAGAGGAGCGCCUGGUGGAGAAGGAGCACGAGCUGAAGCAGAUGAAAAGAAACCUGGAUGAGAGUGAAGGGGCCAUUGCUCAGGUCUUUGAGGGGAAACAGCGUCUGUGGGAGAAGGAGAUGGAGGACCUCAAGCGCUUGUAUGCCACAAAGCUGCGGCAGAUCUCCCAGCAUGCCCAGCGUUCUCAGCGCAGCUUACAGCUGCAGCUGUUCAAGGCCCAGCAGGAGAAAACUCGACUGCAGGAGGAGCUGGACGACUUGAAAAAGGACAAGAGCCGCGAGGGAGCAACCUUGUCAAAGCCAACUAGUCCCACCCUGGAGGAGACACAGUGGGAGGUUUGCCAGAAGUCAGGGGAGAUCUCCUUGCUAAAGCAGCAGCUGAGGGACUCCCAGGCGGAGGUGACCCACAAGCUGAGCGAGAUCUUCCAGCUGAAGACGCAACUCAGGGAAACCAGAACAGAGAUGCGCAACAAGGAAGCCCAAAUCGACGCUCUGAGGCUCAUUCUGCAGGGCUCUCAGAGGGGCAGGAGUGCCUCCUCCUGUGAAAACGACAAAGGAUCCGUAGAGAACAUCACUGCGGGGUCAUCAGAAGAGCGUCUGCGUGCAGAGCUCCUGCUGGAGCGCCGGCAGAGCGAGGCCCAGGCCAUGGCCUUCGACGAGGAGCGCCACACGUGGCAGACGGAAAAGGACAAAGUCAUCCGCUACCAGAAGGAGCUGCAGGCCAGCUACCUGGAGAUGUACCACCGCAGCGACGCCCUCGAGAGGGAACUGCGACAGCUCAGAGCCAGGGGAGCGCCGAGCAAGGACGAGACUUCGAAAAAGGAAGCAGCUCAGCCGAGGAGUGACGCGGCAGACCAAGAACACGUGGACACGCCUUCAUCGAGUCUGCCGUGGAUAGACCGGAUUGAGUCGUCGGAAAUUUGAAUGACUUGUUUGCAAUGCAAACGCUUCCUCUGAAGCAUGACACGUGUUGAAGAACGAGUCAAAGACAUGCAAGAGUUAAGUUGAAUAGGAUUCAUUAAGAUUAUUUACAUGUUCAACAUUUUUCUAGGUUAAAAAAACAAAUUCGCUCACUCAGACUUUGAGAGUUCAUGAAAAAAGUUCUUAUCAGAAAUAGUGCAAUGCGCCCUUAAAUUGAGGUGAGAUGUGGAACACGUUAAAACCCCAAAAGAUCUUGGGAAUUUUGACUAAAUUCAUUUUUUUUCUUAAUGUUCUGAGGUUUUACCAAACUCCAUCUGAUAUCUUCUGGAUUUCCACAGAUUCCCAUCUGUUCUCCCUUUCCUGGAACCUUGUUCAUUGUGCAAUGCCUCUAUUGUGCAGACUUUACCUGGACCAGAACACAACAGACCUUCAACAGAAAACGGCCUGCGUGAAUAAUUCUGUAAAUGACCAAAUGGAGGAUUUUUGAGCAACAGAUACGUCUUUGUGGUUUAACAUCCUCUCAGCUCCAGAUGAGUUUGUGACGCGCUUGUGGUUUCCUGGAAGAAAACUCCAUGUAUUUUUGUACAGAACUACUGUUUUUAUCCAAGUGGAGCUCCAGUGUUUAUAUUCUUUGAUUUAAUGUGAAUUUUCAACCAUUUACAGGAUAAUUCCAGUAGAUUUUGAAGGAGAAAAGCGGCACGAGCCGCUUUUCUCCUUCAAAAUCUACUGGAAUUAUCCUGCAAAUAGUUUAAAAAGUUACAAAAUGUUAAAGAUGUUUUGUUUAAACUUCACAGGCGACACCUCAGGUGUUGAAGUGUCUGUUUUCCAUCCACGCCGUUGCCUAAAUCAACAUACUUCCAUAUAGUUCAGGAAAAGCAAUCUUCAGUGGUUAAAAAGAAAAAUGUUUGCCCUGCUUAUUGGUGUGAAAAGCUAUUAUUAUUAUUAUAGAAACAUUCACAAACCAGCUGUCUAUUGACCUUUCAACAUACUGUGACUCCUGUCUUUCAAGUGGAUUAAAUAUGUACAGGAAGCGUCUUGCAUUGGUGUUGUUUUAAUCGGAAAAAUUGGGAUUUUUAAGCUAGAAGCUAAAAUAUUAGUUCUAACUUAGAAUAAGGUCACUUUAGAAAAAAACAGAGCAUCCCUUUGGAGGUCCAUGUGUCCCACUCCACCGUAACUAGGUUUCCUCAGAGUGGACACAAAAAUGAUAGCUCAAAAUGCAAGUUUUUUGUUUGGUUCUGGGUCAUAAUCUGAGCAGAAAUGAGCUAAGCUGACUCACAUGGCCCUUACCUUGGCAUUUAACACAUUAUAUAAACUGGGGCUUAAUAUAACUGCAGAGUUCCAGAGAGGGUGAGUGAUUUACUGAAGUGGGAUGAGAAAACUGUUAUCUCACAUCGCACUCUGUGGGAGUGUUGCUGCGCUGAAUUCCAUCCGUUCUGUUUAUCCUAAGAAUUAACACCAGCGCUCUGACAUUAGUGAAUAAAUUAUAGAUUAAAAAAAAAAAGAAAAUUAUUUGCUUUUCAAAUGGUUUACCUUAAAAAAAAGUAAAAGGAAAACGCAGCACCAGCGCCAUCAAGUGGCAACACAAGAGAUCUUCUUUGCAAAUCCCUAAAAGAAACCUCCAGAAGUGAGUAUAAAUUUUAACUUUAAUAUUAGAUGCAGGGAUAUGAAAUAUGUUAGAGGAUAAAUAUGUACAAUAAAAGCUGCAUGACACACCCAAAAAAAAAAUAAAAAAAGGGGGGGAAAUUCAAGGAAGUGAUAAGAACAAAGCGGCCACCGAAGAAGCAACGAACGAUUGUCAACGAAAGAGAAAGCUCUGUGAGAUAGCAAACAAAAACAGGUCAUUUAUUUAUUUAUUUCCUUUAAAACCAAUCGAAAGGCUCAAUUCACUGAAAACUGUAACAUUGCAUCAUCGGGGUGAGCUAUGCUGGUGCGGGGCCUUGUUGAAGAAAACUGCCUCAGCGGAACGUGAGGUGACAUCAACAUUUCCAAAGGAGACCUUCAGUAGAAAACCUGACUACACAUGCUGAAGUGUUCCUUCACAUAAGAGGGUGCUGCAACAAAUGAGCUGCUUUUAGUUCUCCUAGCAACGUACAGCUUUAAUAGUUAACCGCUGACCUGUACCCUGAGGAAAUGUCUGGAUUUUACUCAAAUAAAAUCAAAGCUUAUACAGCAGAGGCAUUUUUUUUAAGUAUAUAUGAAACGACAGCAACAAUGACCAUUAGACUUUUCCCAUACACAAGUAAAGCUUUGUCACAAGCCCAAAGUCACCGCAACUCAUAUAGUAAGGCGGCCACCACACCGGUUUACAUCUCCAAAUCACACGGCGUGCUAGCUUAGCAUACACGGACUGAAGCAACUUCACAAGUAACGCGACCUCUUGAGUCCUCGUUUCUCAGACUAGUGUUGGUUACGCAUGUCGGUGCAGAAUUUUACAAUUUUAUACGCAGGUGGGUGCGAUGGAGAACGGAACACAUUUCACAGCAGUAUAUAUGUUUUUGUCACUUUUCUCAAGUACAUACAUAGAACUAGACAAAUGGCUUUUAUAAUGGAGAGGGAGGGGUUGCUGGUGCAGUCAAUCACAGAGAAAGAAAAGUAAAAAGCUGUUCCACCACACGUGGCGUUUGUUCUGCUGAUCUGACAGACGCAUCAGCUGAAAGAGACUCAAGCUACGGGAGGUCUUUAUUUAAAAAAAAUUAAGGAUUACAAUCUAAAGUUCAGUUCAAGAAACACCUCCAUUCCCCUCAAACAGAAACCCUUGAAUGAUUCUCAGCAGGUUUUCCUGGGUAAAACUUAAAUUAACUACCACUCUGAAAACAGUAUCUGAAAAAUCCAUCUCCACUCACAACAUAACCACUCAGCUUUUUUCUGCCGAGAAAAGAAACUAAAA